AUGGCGCCUGAAGGAGGCCGCUCUUCCGCUUCUUCUUCCACGACUGGAGAAGUGAUCCCGAUCCAACACGCAGACGGAACGGUCACCUGCAACGGCGCUACAGUCACAAGUACAAGCACUACAAGCUCAACUACAACAAACGACAAACCAAUGACUUCUACUCAAACGAACACUUCAGCGACUCAGAGCGAGAAACAAGCCUCCAAUCCAGCUCAAGACGACUUCGAAGACGUCAGCGCCGAAUUGAAGCAGCAAAAGAUGAAAGAAGCGAUUGCCAAAAUGAACGAGCUCGGCUUCGAGGGCGAAUGGGUGGUUGAACUUUUGAAGUCGGUCGAUGGAGACGUCGUCCGCGCAGUGACCGCGAUGAAUCCGGACAAGUGA